GUAUCCCCGAUUCCCCCUUGUGCUUGCCGCGGAACAGGCAUAGUGCAUUAACUUUAUGUUCGCAAGCUGGGGCUCUGUGCUAGGAAACAUGAGAAGGGUGACAUAUUCAGAUUCCUGGGCUACGAAUAGGAGGCCACUGAAUAAAGCAGAGAGGCGACCGCAGUUCGUGUGGUUUCAGCUCAGGAACUUGGAACGGGAACAUGUGAGCAGGGAAUGGACAACUGGAAGCAGGAUUACACACAUACACCGAGACUCAGGCGGGCUGCCGUACAGGAGACUCAUCAGGACACUGUGGCAGAAGCUUCAAUAAGAAGUGAAGUGCGACAUUUUCAAGGACAGGCAGACUUUUUAAACAGCAGAGAAUACAGAGGAAUACCGACACCAAAGAUGAAUACAAUUGUGUUUAAUAAAUUGAGCAACCAGGUCCUCUUCGAUGAGAAGGCGAAAGAGGUUGAGAGGAGCAGCAGAAAUUAUUUAGAGGUAAUAGAUGGACAGCAUCCGGACCUUCAUCCAGACCUACUAUCAAGCAAUCAAGUAAUCAAAGACAAUAACGGUAUCAGACACAGAAGGCCUACAGUCUGCGACCUUGACAGCUACGUUAUGAAAACAAAAUCAGAAAAAGGCCGUCAGAACAGCGGGAAGGUGCGACACAAGCGCCAAGCUCUUCAGGACAUGGCACGGCCUCUGAAGCAGUGGCUCUACAAGCACAGAGACAACCCUUACCCCACUAAGACAGAGAAGAUUCUCCUCGCCCUCGGCUCCCAAAUGACCCUGGUCCAGGUCUCAAACUGGUUUGCCAACGCCAGACGGAGGCUGAAGAACACGGUGAGACAGCCGGACCUGAGCUGGGCGCUGCGUAUCAAACUCUACAACAAAUACGUGCAGGGCAACGCGGAGCGACUGAGUGUCAGCAGCGAUGACACCUGCUCGGAAGACGGGGACAACCCUCAGCGGACGCAGGCGGGUGGAAGCGAGUUCAGCAAGCCCAUGUACCAGAGUGUCAUCAAGAAAGAGGGCGGAGCCAUGAUGGGCACGGGGCUCCGGGCCGCCGAUGCAGCCGCGUUGGCCGAGGACUAUGUGACUCCGCCCCCAAAAUACAAGAGCAGCUUGCUACACCGAUACCUUAACGACUCGCUGCGACACGUGAUGGUAGCUAACGCUGUCAUGGAUGCCAGGAAGAGGAACCACUCAGGAUCCUUCAGUUCCAACGAGUACGAUGACGAUCUCCUCUCCCCGUCUUCCUCGGAGACUGAGGCAAACUUUGUUUAUCGAGCUGAAACCAUGGACCAUGGAUCAAGUAAAUGUGACAAUGGGGUUCAGAAGGAGAAAGUGCGGGGCAAAGAUGAGACGUACUGGAAAGAGAUCAACGCAGCCAUGGCCUUGACCAACCUGGCACAGGGAAAGGACAGCAACGCAUCAGGGACAACCAGCUGCAUCAUCCAGAAGUCCUCUCAUAUAUCAGAAGUGAAGACUGUCAAAGUGCCUCUGGCGCAGAAGUACUAGCGCCUAUCUCAGAGUUGUCUGUCUCCGACUGAUCUUCCCUUCCCACUCUCUAUGCAACAGUCCCUCUGAAAAACUCACCCUGGAGUCAGUCAGAAAAAAAAAAAAAAAAAAAAAAACGAGAAACUAGUACCCUCUUUUUUAUGUGGGUAAAAAUACAACAGAACUGAAGACAUCCUAUUUUGCGUCUGUCAAUGUUUGUUUUUUUACCUGCAGCACAUGCAUUCGACAAGUGUUGAUAUGAUCAUUGUUAACUGCAUUAUUCUGUUCUGAACGAGACACUUUGUAAUGUUAAAUUAUUUGAUAAAUCUGAAUUACCUUUUUUUUUUUAUAUGCCGAAAUUUGUAUUGUACUUUUGCCAAAGUGCCUUUUGGAAGCAAAAUAGCAGACCUUGUGAGGUUACUAAUGUAGAGUGCUUCUGUGCACAUACUGGACUAUAUAGAAAGAGGCUAGAUGAGUGAUAUAUAUAGUCCUACAAGCUUCUUCUGAAGGAGCUCUACCCACCCAGAUAUGUGCCUUAACCGUUCUGCUCACCAGCUGAGGCACAGUUGUUCUUAAAAUUCAAAUAAUAAUCUGAAUUGCUCUAAUUUAUCAAGAGACACACACACAAACACACACGCCAUUGUUAAGCCACAUCUCCCUGAUGGCAUUGUGCAUGUUUUGUCUAAGUCCUAAUUAUGACUGUAAAUGGAACACUGUUAUGUCUUAGCCAGGAUACAAUAGGCCUGCCGACAAUAACUGUGAAUAUAUAGAUAUCACUCAACCAAACAUUAAUACACAUAGCACUCAAUGGCUAGAAUCACUAGGGUAACAACAGAACUACUAUACUGUUAGUCCCUGCCAGCAUCAACUCUGCCAUAACUUGGCCUUGGGCUUUUAUUUUCCAGGGGGGAAGAAUCUUUAUCAAAACUUUUAGCCUGGAAAGUGAAAACAAAUGGAAACUAGAAUCAGCAAACAUGCACGCUUACUUGUGCCACACAUACCCACUCACACAGUCGGUUAGAGGUCGGGUCAGCACAGGGCUGUGUUUGUUUAAACAGCGAGGACCAUGAACUAAAGGGAUGCUUUUGUUUCUGUUAUCAGUGUUGUACUAUGUGAAUUACAAUGUGGCUGCCUUCUCUCACAUGUUUCCAUUCAGAACAAGGUACUUUAACAGUGAAAAGGGCUAGCUCACCAGUCCCUUUGAUCCUGUACUCCUCCCCAGCUGUUCAGAAUCACAUUCAAAUUGCUGUUUACAAGAAUCCUAAUAGAGGGG